AUGAAGGUGCACAUCUUUGGUGGGGUGUGGAGCCCUUCAUGUGCAACUUAUGCUCUCCGGCGCACAUUUCACGACCACAGAUCCGAGUUUCCCGACAUGGUGGCGCAAGCGGAAGUCAACUUCUACGUUGACGACCUGCUCAUGUCGCUGGACUCAUCAACUGAAGCAUCAAUGUUAGCGUGUCAGCUUCGAAGACUGUUGGCGUGUGGAGGAUAUCGGUUAACUAAGUGGGCCAGUAAUCACAAAGGAGUGUUGGCUACCAUCCCACCGGAGGAGAGGCAAAAUGCACUGAAGGAAAUUGAUCUGAGGCGUCGAUUAGGGUGGGACGAACCUUUGUCGGCUGUUAAUCACACGACCCGGAGCACCUGGCUAGGAGAACUGGCCCACCUAGGGAAAUUAAGUGUACCCAGAUGCCUAAAAACAGCAUGUGCUAAAGAAAUCAUCUCAGCACAGUUGCACACCUUCUGCGAUGCUUCGCAGGCUGCUUACGGUGCGGUGACCUAUCUGAGAAUGGUAGACUCUGGCGGAAGUAUCCAGUGCUCUUUCGUGUACGGACGGGCCAAGCUGGCCCCACUCAAGCAACUGACAAUACCAAGGCUGGGACUUUGUGCAGCUGUCCUGGCAGUGAACGCUGAUCGAACGAUUCGCCGAGAAAUGACAAUGACCAUACACGAAUCUUAUUUUUGGACGGAUAGCAUGCUAGUCUUGCAGUACAUCGCCAAUUCGAGCAGACGAUUUCAAACGUUUGUAGCCAACAGGAUAGCAGUCAUACAAGAGCUGUCAAGAACUGACCAGUGGAGACAUGUCGGCACAUCGCUGAACCCAGCAGAUGAUGCAACUAGGGGAUUACCUGUCCUGGACCUGGUUGCAGGAUCUCGGUGGAUACGAGGUCCUGACUUUCUCCUCAGUGUUGAAGAAUGGUGGCCAAAGGGAAAGGAACUGCCAGCAGUUCUGAACGACUUACUGGAGGUGAAACGAGAAGUACACCAGAGAUCUGUAGUUGCUCUGGCAGUGAGCGAGCAGUCAAAGUGGUCCCUCGCUAAACUGUGGCUCAGGUACUCAUCAUGGUACCGCUUGGUGAAAGGGGUGGCAUGGAUUAAAAGGUUCAUUUGGUGGCUUGGAUCCAGUACAAGGACCGCAGACCUGCGCCUCAAACUGAAGAGGCUAAGCACUGAGGAACUACAGUCGGCUGAGCAGACAAUUAUAAGAUUGGUGCAGAAAGAGGCUUAUGAGAAAGAAAUCCAAACUGUCAUAAAGGGUGAGCUGCUGAAGGACAAUAAGCUAUAUAAACUGGAACCUUACUUGGACGAGCGAACGUUGCUCAGAUCAAAGGGAAGAAUUAAAGGAACCCUUCUUGGGCGAAGUGGUGAGGAGCCAAUCUUGCUACCUAGAGACCACCACAUCACCGAAAUCACAGUGCGGGAGAUGCACGAAGAGAGAGCCGGACAUGCCGGACAAGAACACAUGAUGGCGUGCGCAAAGGUAUUGGAUUCCCCAGGGCAGACGCUUGCUUGA